AAACUUAGCUGUGAGAGCACCACUCCUCAUUACAACAUGCAGCCCAUUACAAAAGAUGGGAUCGAGUUACCUCAGAUGCUGCUGUUUAUCAGAUGUGGCAGCGUAAAAACAAGGUAACAUUAAUCAUUGAGAAGAAAAGAGAAAUCUGCAGUGAAGAGAUGAAUUCUUCAACACAUCAAGAAAGCAUUCAGGGAGCAAACGAAAAUUGUUCUGUCCUUCAGGCUUCAGACAACAACGAUUCAAAGGAGUCUUUCUCCACCCUGCUGCCGAAAGCUCUCUCUGCUGUACUACAUCCGACUGGAUCUCCAGCAUCCAACUCAGACCACCAGCAGAGAGGCCAAGAGAAAAACAUUAAAGCAAAUGUAGAGCAGCUGCAGAUGGAAAUGAAAGACCUGAGGGAGCAGUUUGAACUAAUGAAGAGUCAGCACAACAAAGAAAUUAAACUGCUGAUGAAUGAGCUUGAUGAAGAGAAGAGGAUUCGCCUAACUUUGCAGAUGGAAAUCCAGCGGAUGAAGAAGCACAUGUCAAAAUGAAGAGGAACGACUGCAUAGAGGAGUGAGGUUUAUCAGAGAGGGUACCUCCAUCAUUAGACGGUAGAACCUCCUCCCUGUCCUGAACCCCCAACUGCAAAAACACACUUCAGAUUCAGCCUCAGUUAUUAAAGCUGAAACACAUUGGCAAACAGAUACUGGCUGAAGAACAGGAUGCUCCUCCCAAGCCGACGACCAGGAUGAGGAAGAGUUUCCAGGAUGUAGUAAUUGUGUACGUUUUCUUGUUACAACAAAACACGUUACACGCAUUUAUUAACUUUGUGGAGUUUUUUUUUUUUUUUUUUUUACAAAAUAUCAUGAUUGGAAAAUUCCAGAUCAAGAAAGUAUAUACAUGUUUUGUUUUAAUUUAUAUGAGCACUUAUCUAAGUUUUUAUGCUAUCGUUAAAAAAUAUUAUUGUAUGACAUAUGCA